AUGUGGAAAUCAUUUCAUUCUCUGGCUUCAAAUUCUGAAUUUAUUUUAGAAUUUGAAGUGUACCUCACUCCUGCUUUAAGCCCACAACCAAUUUCAAAGCUAUUCAUACAAUCUCUCACUCGAAAGUUCUUUGAAAAAAUUGUUUUGGCAAUAAAGAAAGCUGCUGCAAAGCCUGAAAGUUCUUGUAUGGAGACCCAACUGACCAACGUUGAGGAAAAUAUAUUACGAUAUGCUGCUGGAUAUGUUCCAUUUGCCUUACGAAGGCAGUGUUUAAAACGAGAACAUAACAGCGAAUGGAAGCAAAAGGCAAAAUGCCUAGCUCAGUGCCUUAGAAGUAGAAAAUGA